AAGGCUUAAUAAAAACUGUGGGCUGCAAGAUUUCGUGAGAGAGGCAGAGAAAACAGAGGAGAGCAGUGCUGGGGAAAAGCAAGUGUGGUUAAUGAACAGUUUGUAACCCAAUGGGAUGCUGGUGAAACAAACAGAGUCUCCGCAGCCAUGGAUAACACCAGAACACAAGAUGGUUUUUCACAGUUAAGCCAGGAGAAAAUCCUCAAAAUUAUGAACAUGGUGAAAAAUAAAGAAGUGAGCAUUGAAGGAGCUUUGCAUUUGGCACAGAAAGAAAUGUACACCGAUAAGGACUCACAGGAUUUGCUAACUGGCUCACUGUUUAACUACAGCAUCUACAAAUACAAACACUAUCGGUGGCAGAAACGAAUUUUGCAGAUUGAUUUCAACACAAAGACAAUUUUUAACAUUGAAAAAGGAAUUAUUAAGAAGCAGUUCCCUUUCUCACAAGUCAAAUCCUGUGAGGAUGCUGAAAGAAGACGUUUCAGCAUUGUGUUUCAUGGGAGACAAGACUACGAGCUGGAAGCAGUGUCUCUUGAUGACAAAAGGAAGAUAAUGUACCUGUUGAGCAGAGUGAUGCAGAGUAACUCAUGCAGGAGGCCAGGAGAGCCCUGCUUGGAGAGAGCUGCAGAAUGUGACGUGGUGCAUGAAGGAGUGCUGGAUUUGCAGCAGAACGCCUUUAUGUCCACUGAAUGGGUGAAGUACUUGGUACAACUACGUGAAGGAGAACUGACUUUAUAUUGCAUAGGUCUGGGAGCAGAGAGCAAGAAUGCAAGCCCUGCAAUGAGCACAAUUCCUUUGUCAGGUGGUAACGUGAGUGUCAGCAAGGAGAAUGAAUGCGGUACCUUUUCGGUCCAGACCAAAGGACACAAUUAUUUGUUUCGAAUACCCUUAACUGUCCAAAAUUACAGGACAGAGGAUGUUAGCAAGCUCCAGAAUGAAUGGGUGUCUCUCAUAGAAAAGUACUGUCAGCUGGGCAAGGGUGGCUUUCUGUCCCAGGAGGAAUCUGAAGGAGACACCUCGUCUGAAGCUGAUUAUGAGAACGUUACUGUAGCUCUGACUGAACAGAAAGAGGAGGCCCUCCAUUUCGAUGUGAGCGCUGUAAAAACCAGUCUGAACAAGCUUUCAAGCUCACAGACAAAGGCUGUGAAAGGAGAUGUAGCAGCACCAGCAUCUACUCCAGUUCCCAUAAGUAAGGCAGAGGUGCCACCAGCCCCACCUGUAUUCUUCCAGUCCUGCAGCCUUUCUCCCUUGGCAAAGAGAACCAAAGCUUUUCACUGGGAUGUUGUUCCUUGUGAUAAGAUUCAAAAAUCCAUCUGGGGUUCUUGUGACCCAUGCAAGAAAAAGAUAGAUGCCUCCAGACUCUGUGAGCAGUUCCAGAUCCAGGACGUGGCAGUGUUUCCAGGCAAUGAACCUUCAGUGAAUCAGCACAUCAUGUUGGAUCGGAAAGUUGCACAUAACUUCAGCAUUUUUCUUAAAAGUUUCCGUAUAAAACCAUGUGAGCUGAAAGAAAAGCUGUACAUUAUACAUGAAGAGAGUGGUGGACUUACAGAUGAACAGAUUACGACGCUACGAAGAUACAUGCUAACACCAAAGGAUGCAGAGAAGUACCAGUCGUUCAGGGGGUGCCCCUCAGAGCUGCAUAUAGUUGAUCAGUUUAUGUUGGAGAUGUGUAAAAUCCCUCACUUAGGCCAGAGGUUGGAUCUCCUGCUUGCCAUACGUGAACUCCCUGUGAGCAUGAGAGAUCUGGAGCCUCUAAUAAACCAGAAAAUCCAAGCAAGUAAGCAGCUGCAUUCCAGCCAGAAAUUUAUUGCUGUCUUGGAGUACAUUUUAGCCAUUGGAAACCAUUUAAAUGAAAAUGCAGGAAAAGAAAAGACAAAAGGAUUUCGAUUGUCAUCUUUGACCAAAUUAUCCCUGCUGCGGGGCAAGGAGAGGACGUUCACUUUGCUUCAUGCCCUUGUGGAACAGAUCUCCUUACAUGAGCCUGAUCUGGUGAAAUUUUCACAGGAACUGACAGAAUUUGAGGCUGUUCCUGAUGCUUCCAUGAAGGGCCUCAGUGCUGAAGUUGAUGUUCUAAAAAAGGAAUUGGAAAAUGUUACUCAGUGCAGGCGUCUGAUCAAACCCAGGACAACCAAGGCAACACCCCAGGAGUCACAGUUCUGCAGAGAACUAAAGGAUUUGAUUCAGAAAUAUGAAGGGGAUCUAUCCCAGCUGUCAAAAAGAUGUGAAGAAAUGAAGAAGCUUUAUAGCAGUGUGCUGGUCAAAUUUGGGGAACCACAAGACCUGGACUCUCAGGAGCUGUUUGGAUGGAUAUCUACAUUCAUUAGUGAGUUUAGGAAGGCCUGUGCUGAGGUCAUGCAGUAAGGACAACACUACUCAUAAAAAGGGGAGAGUGAAGUGUAGGAAACUACAUUUAAGUUAAUUGUUUUCAGAGUUGCCCUGCCAAUAAGGUGCCUAUUCCAUACAGUUUGUACAGCAGUAUGUUUCAUUUAAAGAUAUAUUCAAUUUAUAAUGUGUAGUUUUGCAAGUGGUCUCAGUCCUGUGGGAUCAUAGAUCUCUUAUGAGACUCACUUUUUUCUGUGUGCCCCUACAGAUACCUGUACAUUUAGAAAGGAGACACUCUUGAUGUUUUGUAAUUUUUCUUUUUAUUUUUGUCUUUGACAUCCAGUCUUCUGCCUGAGUUUCAGCUGUUACUUACAGAGAAUAAAUUUACAUAUGGUGAUCUAAUUUUUAAUUAUUCUUUUUCUGUAGGUUUGUUUUUUUUUUUUAAAUACAUUUAGCAAAAAAUCUUGAUUGUCUUCAGCCAUUAAAGAACUGCAGCUUCAGUAUUUAAUGGAGAAAGAAACUGUCAGGUUCCCCACCAAGUAGUACAAUAAAGCAUUGCUUUUUUAGGAUAAAAUACUGUGGAAGCCAAUCAGUGUGUGAAAUUUGCAUUGGUAGAAAGAGAACAAUAUCAGAGAGGUGAAAUAAAAACAUGUCAUGAGGCAUCUAAGUAAUGCACAGUGAAAGUAAUUAUUGAUGGUUUUCAAAAGAGAAAAUACUUGUCUUGCAUUUGUUGGCUUUUCCAUAUUUUUAAUUAGAAUAAUUACUUGCAGCUCAAAAAUACAAGGAGAAAAGGAAGGCUGUAAAUGCAUAAACAAAAAGGGAUGUGUUGAACAUGGAGAGCAGAAAAUAGUUCUAUAAAGCCACUGAUAAAACAUUGCAUUUUUCUCUACCAGUUUUACGGUAUUGAUUGAUAAAAUGUGUGUUCUCCGACUUACUUUAGAUCUGCCUGUCCAAUUCUCACAGUAUUUUGGCUUUAACAGAAAGUCUAACAGGUAGAAAUGCUGAACAGUCUCUUUGGCUUCAAUACUGAAAGAAAUUAGAACUAUCCUCUCUGAAAGGCUUGGAAGCAUCUAAGCCUAAAAUUGCUCUAUUAGAAUGUUCUCUCCAGUACCAUGUGAGAUUUCUCCCUAUCCAGGUUCCAGAUGUUAUGCAGGUGUGCUGAUGAGCAAAGAUGCAGCUGCUCUUCCAGCUGUGUUUGGUUAAGAGGCAAACCUGGAGCCUCCUAUGGAUGCCAGCGGGCAUGACUGCUUAAUUCAUCUGCUUUAAAUCCACCUCUCAUCCCAGGGGAAUUUUUAAAAAAUUGAGGAAGAAACUCAAUAGACUCUCAAUAGACAUCCCCAAACCAACCAACCGACCAGAAAAAUUAAAUAAGCAAAAGGAGGGCAAAUUUUGUUUUAGAGUAAACAUACUUGUUUUCUACAAAGUCAGCAUUGGAAUAGUGACACCUGGCUGGCACUGAAGUCAGCAGUGUCUGCAUAUCAGGAUCUAUAGCAUCUGUAUGUGUCAGGAGCUGAAGAUCACUGUUUUUUGGCUAGAAGAGGAAAAUUCAGUUCCUCUUCCAGCACAUGUGUACAUCAUAACAACCCUUGCAGUUUUUGAUGUGUGUUAUUCCCUCUCCAAAAUCAGAACAUCUUCAUUUAUAUGUGAAUCGUGUAAGAUAACACUGCAUACCAGUGCCAUUUCCAUGGUAUCCAGAUCCCUGAACAGCAUUCGUGAUGGCCAUGAUAAGUUUCAUGUUUUUCUGCCAUUACUUUAGCUCAGGAGUCCUGGGAAGUCUCUUUUAACUAAGUUGUUUUCUCUUUUUUUUCCUCCUGACUCACUUUUCCCCCCAGUCUCUUUUCUCUCUUAUUAUACCUAACAGCUUGUACUUGUUUUAUAGCUCAGCUGGCAUGGCUUCUUCCAAUUAAAAAUAUAUUCUACACAGUAGUUGAUAUCUGUCUUCGCAUGAAUAUCCUGCAGCAAUCAUUUAAAAAAUUAAUGACCAAAUAUCUUCUUGGCAAGAAGCUCUGCCCCUCCAGAGGACACGAAGCUUUCCCAAGGAAUGGGAGCUUGCAGAGGAAACACGUUUCCAUUUUCUCAAACAAAACAUUUCUGCUAUGUCUGUGAGUGUCAGAGCUCAUCUGAUUUAUAUGUAAAAAGAAACAAAUACAGCUCAUUCCCUUCUGCAUUCUUUUUUCCCCCCAAAUAAUAUUUUGUAUCAUAUCGGUGCUUUUUUUCUAGGUCUCUUUGAGCCAAUUCUCUUGCUCUGUUUUAAUGGUAUUUGUUUGUACAGAAUAAUAGUUGUUACACCUCAGUGUUUAUAUAGACAAGCUCUAAAUGUCUCUGCAGACAAUUUCUGUGGAACCCUUCCUUAGCAGCUGUACUGACCCUCAAACCUGCAGCCAUAAACACCCAUGUGUGAGGUGAGGCUCCAGAUGGAGCUGCCUUCCAGAUCUGUAGUAUUUGUAAGUUUGGGCUAACUAUUGCCCUACAAAGAGACCAGGCUUUCUUUGGCAUAUUAUGAAAUGUCAGAUCUGAAGGAGGAUGCAGUCCUGCUUGGUAUUAUAGAUAGAAAUUUGCUUGACUCAUUUCAAAGCAGAAACUUUUCUCAGGCAGUAAAUACUUCCCAGCUAAUAUCCCAAGCUGCUGUCAGUCUGCUGACAUUAAACUUUGGUUUUGGGAAUCUUGCCAUCCAAAACAAUCUGACGUCUUCCUUUGCUGCUAGGAAUUAAGCUGAUUAAGGAAAUUAAAAACAAACAAAACCAUUUUGAUUCUGGGUUUACUGGACUUGCCCUGUGCAAGCCACCUGUGCUGCCUGUACUCUGCGAGCUGAAGUACAGCUGCCAAUGGAGCAGCCCUGCUGAGAUGCAGAGUGCUGGGCUUCUCUGUGCUGUACCAGAGUGGGUGUGCUGGGCAGAACAGACGUCUUGGGGAAUGAAAUUUACACAUUUAGAAAAGUUAUUGGGUUGUUUUUUUUUUGUCUUCUUCAGUUUCUCCCCUUACAGCUGUGCAAAAUCAGUCAAGUGCUGCUGAGCUGCACGUGGAACGUGAUGGCUGGAGGGAGAGAUGGAAGUGACAGACACUAUUUCAAGAUCAGUUUGUAUAUUUUUAUGUUAAAAGAUCGUUGGCGUAUAUAAAGAGAGGGCAUUGAUAUGGAGGGCAGAGCUCACACUGCUUCUGUUUAGGACAGAGCUGUGGGCUGAGGAGCUGGCACCCAUAGGGGCUCAUUCCUAGGGACACAGUGGCUGCUCAUGGUUUUUGUAGUCCUUGGGGCAUUUUGCUUCCCCAAAACACUGCUAGGAAGCAGUUUCUAGGGGUUAUCAGCUGAGGACAAAAAGAAACACAGAAUGUGAGCUGAGGAGCCUCAUUUCUCCAUAAGAAGAGUUAAAAAAAAAAAAAAAAAAAAGAUAACAGUCUCCUGGGAAAGACAUCUACAGUCCAGGGAGAGAAAUUGGUGAGUUCAGUGGAUUUGAUUCCUUAACUGUGAAAUAAACGUAUUACUUUCUUCCUUGCA